AUGCCGCCUGGUCGCCGUCGCAACACGGGUAACGGCGAUAAAGAGCUUACACAUGCUCGGACCUGCUUUAGCAAUAGCAGGAAGGUCGAGACAGUACUGUAUUUUGAGAAUCACCACGUUAACGAGCCGUUGGACAAGUUAUUUUCCGGCCUUGACGACCAUGCAAGAGAGCAGAAGCGCAAACUACUUAACCAGUGGCGCAAAGAGCGCGAAAAACUAACGCAAUUGUGUGCGACACCUCGUCUAGCUCGUUUGAAGUAUGUCCGCUCAUCUAACUACGCAACCAUCCUCCCUGCAGAUGCUGAACGUGAGUUAGUGCAGUGGAUAAACACUCUAAGGAAGGACGGAGCUCCGGUGAGCGCCAAAAUGCUGGAGCUACAAGCUAAGGAGACUGCAACGGACUACCAUGUAUCGCCUUUCAUGGCGUCAUGGCAUUGGAGGAAAGGGUUCAUGAAGCGCCAUCGUCUGAGUAUUCGUACCCAAACUAGGUAUCUUUAG